CUCCUUUGUACGCUUCCACCGACAUGUAGUACGCACCCAACUGCUUUAGCAGAUACUCGGGAGCUCGAGGCGCAUUACGCCAAAUACCAUGCUUGGGUUUGCCAAGCUGCGAAACCUACUAGUGGAACCUGUGGAAAUGUGUUCCCGGAUGCGAGAUUAUUGGAGCUGCAUCAUACGGAAUGUCACGAUCCGAUUGCGGCUGUGAGGAAGGAGCGGGGGGAGAAGAUUGUA